GGGUGUGACUUUUGAUGGAGCUCCCCCUCCCAGUUAUGUCAUUACUUCAGUUCCUUUGAAUCAGAAUAAAAAGUGCAGCAAACUUCAGACUCAUUGACUGCGGGCUUAACAAGCGUCGGGGCUUUUCUUCUUCCUGCAGCUUGCAAGGAUCUUUGGAUUUUGCAAAACACUUCCAAGAAAACAAUGGCCAACUUCUCCUUAUGGGCGACUUUUGGAUUAUGUUUGUUGAAGCUUUGUCUAGCAGAAACACAAUUCAAUGUAAGCUGCAGAUACGGAGGAGUUUUUCAUGUUGAGAAAAAUGGUCGCUACAGUCUCACACGACCUGAAGCAGUCAAACUCUGCAGAGCUCUCAAUAGUACCUUGGCAACACUAGAACAGCUGAAGAAAGCUCAUGAACUUGGAUUUGAAACUUGCAGGUAUGGUUUUGUAGUGGGGCAUAUUGUUAUCCCACGAAUCAGACCGUAUCAUCUUUGUGCAGCAAACCAUACUGGCAUUUACAAGCUUCCAGCGAAUACAACUGGUCGGUACGAUGCAUAUUGUUACAAUGAGACAGAAACAAGGGACAUAGGGUGUGAGCCAGUCGAAAAACUAGAUACUUCUCUCCUCAGUAAUCAAGAUGAAAUAGUCAUUGACAAUGCAGAUGGCUCACGCUAUAAUGCAGAUGGCACACGUCAUACCAGUGGAGAGUCCUCAACUUCAGGUGCAGACGAUGAAAAUGUAGGUAGUGGAUCAACUCAUGAGACAACUCCCAUGGAUACCUCCAUCAGGAAAUCCAGCCCCUCAUAUUAUGGAAGUGCUACUCCAGUCUCACAGCUGCCAGACCACACUUCUGGAGGGGGUGGAAAAGGAACUCCUGGAAAAGACUAUGAUUAUGAAGUUCCAUCUCUAUCACCUGACAUCUCUUUCGGGACAGAGGCUGAUGAUUUCCAUGAAGAAGAUGGUGGACAUUAUCAUGCUACUACUACUGUGGACUCACAACACGAAACACUUCUGGAAAUCUCCACACAAGAUCAUUGGAAUCCCACCUUCACAGAUGAAGAGGAGCAGUAUCCUAGCUCUCCUAGCAGGGCACUAGUUACAAGUGAAAAUGAAAAACAUCAAGGACCAACCCAACAUCCACUAUCAUACAGCGUUCAUUCUGGAGGGAUCAGUCAAGAACAAAAUCCUGCAAAUACCACGGCGAGUAUUGAACAACAUGAAUUUACUAUUGCAGGUGAAAAUUAUUUUGAAAAGGAAUCUUCUCAUACAGCUAUGGUCUCCACCCAUGGGGCCAAACAGAAUGACUCCAUGCAAGACCCAUGGAUAUAUCCAGGUUGGGACAACGGAGAGGAAUAUGCAACACGGCCUGCUAUAAUGGAUAGAACUAUUCCUUCCAGAGGGAAUAAUCAUGAGAAAGACUCUUCCACUACAGCUGUUGCCUCUCCUGAUGAUGCCCACCACAAAGACCCAACUCAACCACCUCUGCCUUCAGAUAAUGAACCAGGACAGGGCACUGAAGGCAUCAGGAAUCCCACAGAUACCCCAAGGGAUGAAGUCCUCCACAAGACCACAGCCAGUGUAAUCAAAGAUGGUAAUGACUCUCGUCUGAUAGGUACCAUCACAGCCUCCACUGAUGUUCUGGAAACAGAAGAUAUAACCCAGGAAGCAUGGGCAACUCACAUCAUGGUAACAGCUGUUACCUCUCCUGAUGAUGCCCACCACAAAGAUCCAACUCAACCACCUCUGACUUCAGAUAAUGGAUCAAGACAUGGCUCUGAAGGCAUCACAAAUCCCACAGAUGCCCCCAGGGAUGAAGUCCUCCACAAGACCACUGCCAGUAUAAUCAAAGCUGUCACAGAGUCUGUGGAGGAUGUUAACGAAGAGAAAGCAACCAAGGAGCCACUGGCACCUGGCACUCCACCUGGAAGGGAAAGUGAACAAGCAAACACCACAGAUGGUUCCCAUGUCGGUUGGAUACCUGCAAUUCUUCCAGACACUGAAGACCAUCUUAACCGCUUGCAGACCCCUCUUACUACUAGCUCUACCUCUAGCAUAUAUGGUAAUGAAGGACCACGCAAGGGACAUUAUGAAUCCACUACUUUCCCUGGAGAGACUGCCACAACAAAAAUAGAUUCACAGCCAAGGUCGGCCCGUGUGCCAGAAUGGUUGAUCAUAGUGGCUGCUCUUGUGGCACUUGUAUUGAUUCUUGCAGUGUGCAUUGCUGUUAACAGUCGGAGAAGAUGUGGGCAGAAGAAAAAGCUAGUGAUUAACAAUGGGAAAGGGGCAGUGGAGGACAGGAAGUCAAGUGCAUUAAAUGGAGACAUCAGCAAAUCACAAGAAAUGGUGCACUUGGUUCAUAAAGAACGGUCAAAUGACCGAACACAAGCAUGUGAUGAACUUAUGACUGUUAAUGAAACACAAAAUCAUCAGGACCUUGACAUGAAGACUGGAGUGUAAUGGUACCAUGUUGGCAAGUAGAUCAGGGCUGGGGAAAUCAAAAUCAUGUGGAACUUGAACAGGAAUUCACAGAUGCACUGUGCUACUGAUGUCUUUUGAAAAUAAACAUAAGUUUUAUUCCUUUUUAAUCACUUUACAAUGUUGCCAGGGUUAAAAAAUUGACAUGUGCUUUCUGAAAUAUGCCCCAAGAGUUGCAUAAUGCUCUCAGUUCCCAGUCCCUACACAGAGGACUUUCACUUUGUCCUGGAUGUUGGGAGGCAUACAAGUUUACGUCAUUAUUUCCCCAGAUGGAAGGUCUUCGCUGUGUGGAGCUUAAGAAGUAUCCAGUCACUCCAUCUUAGAAACAUAUAAGGUACUAAACUCGCCAUGAUACAAGAGUAAAUGAGGAAAAAAUGUCAAGAGUGACAAUCAAGUCUAAACCCAAAAGGCGUGCUCUAUAAUGUCUGAAACAUGAGAAUCCUUCAGAAAUGCCUUCCAGCUAGGAAGAGCAGAGGGUGCAUUCAGAAUCUGCUUCUAUAAACAGAAAGUGACAUUUUGUAAUUAUGUGUGGCUUGGUCCACAAUGAGGGAAACCCAGAAGGAUAAAAUUUAUUUAUCUCUAUUUUUAAAUGAUACUAUGGGCAUACAGCAAGUCUUCUCGGGAGGGGUAAUAAAGAGAUGAAAAUGCAAACUGAUACAUAAUAAAGUUCUAUACUUUAUCAUCCUAGCAACCUGUACAAUUAUCUUUGAGUUUUUGAGAUAUUCUUUGCUCUUCUCCCUCCCUCAUUCAUUGGUCCAAGUUUGUGCAUGUUUUUAAUGAGUCUGUUAGUUAAGAUAAUGAAUGAAACAAAAUGACCCCAGCUCUAGCACACAUGCACAAAUCAAGCAUUUGGAGAUCAUUAGGGAAGGUGACAGUAUUUUAUUCCUGAAGAAUGGGUCUCUAUCUUAGAUGUUUUACUUUUUAUUCCAUUUUACUUAGGAGAUGCUGAGCCUAGUAAAAUUGUUUCCCUUAUUAUUAUUAUGUCGUACCAGUUUGCUGAUAUUUUAAAAGUUCUUUUUCUAUGAUCUCACUAAUUUCCUCAGAAUUCUAUUUCAUCUACAUUUUUUCCAUCUGCUUUUUAAAAAGAAACAUUGCUUACGUAUUGGUACCAGAAAUUCAAAUGCUACAGAAAAGGUCAAAGAAAAUGAAAGGAAACUCUCCCAGCCAUGUAAUAUAGUAGAGUAGCUAAGCUGCAUUGUUAUAUGCUUGUGUUUUGUCCUUUUGUGUCUGUUAUGUAAAGUAUUUGUAUUAAGCUAUGAUGCUGUGCAUUAUAUUGAUAUGAAUUGUCAGAAAAAAUCUUAUUUACUACCAGUGGUCUGUGCUAUUUUUAAGCAAGUAGUUUGGAAUGAUAACUUCUAAUUGGGCUGCCCCAAGAAAAUGCAAGUGAAAACAAUUUAAGUAAUUGCAACCUGUGGUCUGCGUCAGCUGCUGGAUAGGGAUGGCCUGUAGCAGGGUUACACAAGUGUUCCUGUUCACUGACCAUAGCAUCUGUCUUUGAAACUGUUCUGCUAAAGCAUUUUAUUUUAUGUUCUCCAUCUGAAACAGCCUGGAGGAUGAGUAUUGAGCUGGCUAAAUACUAACUUUAGCUCACACUGAUCUUUACUGGAACAUAAAGCACAAGACUGUUGAUUAUAUUUCUGAAUUGCAGUCCUCCAGCAGUUUCCCAUGUGUUUCACUGAGAUGCUCAGUGCCCUGGUAUCUGCAGGCAGAUCUUCUAAGGGCAAUUUACACCUGGGCAAAAGGUCCCAAGACAAGCAGAGGUUUUAAAAUAUGCAUAGGAUGUUGUCUGACUUUAUGUAGGUCAGCAUAUUUCAUCUAUGAACAGUGCAUUGGUUUUUGUUUAAUCCCUGUAAUGUUUUUAAGCAAGCUUUUCUAUUUGUCAUUACAAAUCAAAAUGUUCUGUUGAAGGUUAUGUUUAAACUGGUGUUAGGUACUCAUUUCACUAAGUAUAGAGAUCCAGAGUAAGAAUUAUUCCUCUCCUUAAGUCCUAAUUGAAUAUAGGUCUUAAUGUAAAGGAGAUAUUUCAUUGUCUUGGAGCCUAAAUUUCUCUUUUAGAAAAAGAAAAAGUUUGUGAUGUUAUUCAUCUCCCUACACAGGUGUUGAAUGAAGAAUCUCACAAACUUCUUCCUAGUUUACCUUACGUUCAGCAACUAUAAAUGCACAGACAACACUGGUUGGGUUUUUUAUAUAUUUUUAAAUAGGGAGAUGCUCAAGUUGUCUUUACAGAGGCACUGCCAUUAUUUUAUAUAUGCUGGUUCUUUUUAGAUUAUGUCCUGUGAUUCAUGUGUGAUUGUUUCAUUAUAGUUUCAAAACUACGUUUCAUAUGUGUAAUAUAGUACAUAUUUUUAUUAAUCUUGAUUUUAUUAUAUGAGGGGUUGUUUGUUGUGUGUAUGUAUUUUUAUACAGAGCACUUGAUAUAUUUGCAUAUUUAUUUAACAGAUUAAUCAGAAUGAUAGAAAAUAUCAUAUCUAAAUUGUAACUAGCAAUAGUAUUGCUAAAAACACAUUGAACUGUAAAAUAAGCUUCCAAAAUAAACUUGAUUCCACAUUGAGGAUAAACAGUAAGACCAGCUAUUAGCGGGAAAGAAGUAUUCAGCAGGAUAAUCAUGCUGAGUAUUUGUGACAAUUUUUUCUGCUUGCAAAUUCUAAGCCAGGUCGAGGUGAAUGCUAUGUGACCUUUUCUGCUCUACCAGCCUUCCAUAGGCUCCACAGAUGCUCUGGGAGUUGGUGGUCAAGUCAGCUUCCCCCCAGAAGCAGACAUCAGCUUGAUUCAAUUUAAGAUCAACCCACUAAGACCUGCAUGACUAUUCUUGGCUCAUUGAACCAACAGCAUUUAGAGAGCACAGCACCCAACCCUUCCUUCAGCGUGUUGACAGACAAAUUGGGUUUUGGUCUAUCCUUGGUGCCUAGGAAGUAUGAGGAUCUCUUCUAAAGAUGCUGAGGAGGUCAGACCCUGUGAUCAGCUUGUGUUAAUUCUUUGUCUUGAAAAGUUUCAAAUAAAUGUAAUCCAGACCAAUGGAAGUACUGUUUAAAGCAGUAGACGCAUUCAAGAGAGAGAUUUUAUGUUUUAUAAGAAUAUAAUUUUUUUCAUGAAGCAAUGCAGAGUGAUUGUUUCAUCUGUAUUUUCUUGAAGAUCUUAGAAAGAGAAAGGGUAUGUGGCCAUCAUGUCUACCUGUGUGGAUAUUAAACUCUUACCACAAUAUCAGUUCCAAAAUUGUGACUUUGCAGUUUUUCACAUGAUAUGGCUGUCUUUUGUGUGUCCCUUUUCAA